AUGCAUGUGCCCACUUGCCUAGACAUCAAGCCAUUUCACCUCUGGCCCUUUUCGUCGUCUGAGGCACACCUCUGCCCAGUGAGAGCACUUGCUGCCUGGUUGAAGGAAUCAAAAAUCACGACGGGCUACCUCUUUCGAAAGAUUGCUUCGGGCGACCGAAUUACAGAGGCCAACAGUCCCAUGUCCUCCGAGCAAUUUCUGGAGCUUUUUCGGAACAAUCUACUUGAUGUCGACAUUGACCCUACUCCGUACGGCACACAUUCAUUCCGGAGGGGGGGGUGCCAGUUUUUGCAUGUUGAGAAGCGCUGGUCUCUGCGGAGAAUCUGUGAGUGGGGAGGGUGGAGCGUGGAAUUUACGAACAUGACAAUCGUGAAGUAUCUCAUUUCUUCGAAUGAUGAUCCUACUGAGCCAAGGGAGCAAUUUCUGAACCCCAAUAGACAGCUGAUGGUGAAGUGCUCCCAGUGUGGGCGAUGCUGUUCUUGUGGCUGA